AUGACACAACCUCUUCAGCAGCAUCAGCAUCAGCAGCAGCAACAUCAUCAACAGCAGCAACAGCAAUCUUCCGCCCAUAAUAAUGCCAAUUCUAUGGGCAUGAAUGACAUGAUGAGCGGUGGCGAUAGCUUGGACGAUAUCAUUAUGCAGAAUAACAACGAGUUACAACGGCGGCAGAGUUACUCACAGACCUUUGCGCCAGAUCAUGAUCGCAGAUCUUCCAUGUUAGAAUAUGGUAAUAUUGAUUCAAGUAUGGAUGGUUUUCAGUUCGGUACCCCGACAUCAGGUCCCGAAAAUCCAAUGUUACGACGACAAUCGACGGGGGAAUUGGAUUUGAGUAUGGUUUACCAGGGUAUGGGAGCUGGAAUGAAUAUGACAAUGCCACAAUCGCAGUAUACGAACUCUGUGCAACCAAAUAUGAUGGCUAUGGAUACAAGUAUGGGUUAUCCACCUUUCACAGGAGAUAUGAUGCCUGGGAUGAUGAGUUAUGCUUCCAUAGGGAUGGACGGUAUGUCUCAAGACUCACCCAUGGGCAUGUACUCGAAUCACAACUAUUCCCCUACGGUAUACGGAAAUGAUCCUAUGGAUUCUGUAACAUCGGAGAUGUUUAUGAGGGGUCCUGAUAAUAUGAGAAUAAGGAACUUGGAUGAUGAUAACAACGAAGCGAUGGCGUCGUCAUCUGGUAUCAUGGUCCAAUCACCAAACAAUAUUGGUAUGCCUCAAAAUGUUGAUUACAACUCUCCAUCUACUUCAAAUGCACCUCAAAAUAUCUUGUCUCGAACGUCAAGUACAGCUCUGAUUCCUGCGACCUUAUCAUCUUUACCAACCUCCACAGCCAUCGUCCCUGCUUCCCCGCCCAGGCAAGAUGCUACGGGAAUAUAUUCCAGCACUGGGUUUGAUAUGCUUGGAGCAUUAAUGAGAGUGGUGUCCAGACCAAAUAAAGUCAUUAAUAUAGGUGCCGUCGAUUUAUCAUGUGCAUUUGUUGUCUGCGAUUUAAGAGAACCGGAUUGUCCCAUAAUAUAUGUUUCUGAUGUUUUUGAGAAUCUUACCGGAUAUUCAAGACAUGAAGUACUUGGAAGAAAUUGUCGAUUCCUUCAAUCACCAGAAGGAAAAAUUCAAGCUGGUGAACGUAGGUUAGACACGGAGAAUGAUAAGGUCUAUGAACUUAAGAAAGCCAUAGAUACGAGAACGGAAACUCAACAGGCCAUUAUUAACUAUCGAAAAGGAGGGCAACCAUUUAUGAAUCUCUUAACGAUGAUUCCAAUUCCUGCAAGUGAUGACGACCCUACUCUUUCUUUGGUGGUCGGAUUUCAGGUUGAUGUGGUCGCAAACCCAAACAGUGUCAAUGAAAAAACUACCGCUGGGAACUACACAAUGAAUUACAAACAAGGCACAUUACCAAGAUAUCAAUGGCAUCCACCUCAGCCACAUACUCGUCUACCAGAUGCCGGUCAAACGAUUAGUCGUGAUGAUGUUAGUUCAGUAUUAGCAUCAUAUGAUAAUGGUAGCGAUCCAGAACUUACCAAGAGGAUGUGGGAGAAGGUACUUUUGGAGAAUAGUGAUGAUGUUAUUCAUGUCCUUUCUUUGAAAGGCCUAUUCAUGUACCUUUCACCAUCAUGUCGUCAAGUCCUGGAAUAUGAUUCGUCCGAGUUGAUAGGGACUGCACUCUCCUCAAUUUGUCAUCCUAGUGAUAUAGUUCCUGUCACUCGAGAAUUGAAAGAAACAUCACAAGGAAGUCCAGUCAAUGUGGUGUUCCGCGUUCGUCGAAAGAAUAGUGGCUAUACAUGGUUUGAAAGUCAUGGUUCUCUAUGUGUCGAGCAAGGCAAAGGUCGAAAAUGCAUCAUCAUGGUUGGUAGAGAAAGGCCGGUAUAUGCAUUGGCUAGAAGCGACUUGAAUCGAAACGAAGGUCUUGGUGAGAAUCAAUUAUAUUCCAAGUUGUCGACAUCAGGCAUGUUUCUAUACGUUGCGUCAAAUGUCAGAUCUCUGUUAGAUCGAACUCCAGAUGAUCUUGUCGGUACAAGCAUUCAAGCCUUGAUGCGUACUGAUUCUAAGAUUGCAUUCGGUCGAGCACUAGAGAAAGCAAGAACUGGAAAGAUUGUCAAAUAUCGACAUGAGAUUUUCAAUAAACGUGGUGUUGUUUUGCAAGCUGAAACGACAUUAUACCCUGGAGAUGCAUCAGAAGGGCAGAAACCUACAUUCCUCGUCGCCCAGACUCGAUUGGUUAAAAGUACGCCUCGAAAUGCUGCUACAACUCCUGGAACCAAUGGCAGUACUCUCACUGGUGCGAACACAAUGGUCAUGAGCCCUGUGAAUAAAUCAGAUAUUCAAACUCCUGAAGGAACACCAAGCAAUAGUUUGACUCGGCCACAACCUAGUCCGUUUAACGAAGCAAUGACACCAGGUCCUAUUAAUACAAUUGCACCUGUUACGCAACCAGGCGGAUGUGGACUUCCAAUUGGAUCUCAAGAUGAAGCAUUGGCAUCUGAGGAUAACAUCUUUGAGGAAUUAAAGACAACACGUUGUACAAGUUGGCAGUAUGAACUUCGACAGAUGGAAAAGAAUAAUCGAACACUUGGGGAAGAAUUGGCGAUGUUAAUAAAUGCGAAGAAGAAACGAAAGCGAAGAAAGUUACCUGGUAACGUCCAACGAGAUUGUGCCAAUUGUCAUACCAAAAGCACACCGGAAUGGAGAAGAGGACCGAGCGGAAAUCGAGAUUUGUGUAAUAGCUGUGGAUUAAGAUAUGCGAAAUCGGUAAGUCGCGAUGGUUCUGAAACCGCACUUACGGCUGGUCAAGUUAUUGAUCAUUCAUCAUCCUCUACACCUUGA